AGUAUAUACAGGGUGUUAAUUUCAAUAUGGCACGCCCGCUAGUAUAGUAGUAAGUAAGGCUGUAGUAAGGCAGCAGCCUCACAGCCUCUACUGGGGCUCCCUAGUAGGGAACACUUGUAGCCCUUGCAGUACGAUGUGGAGUACACUGUCGCAACGAUAAUGGAUAAGCGCUACUCGGUCGAUAUUGAUCUAGUCAUCAGUUUGUCUUCUGGUUCCAUAACCAUCUUCAUCAUACCAACGAUCAGUAACUCGUCUGAUAUGAACAGUGUUACUGCUGGGACAGCCGCUCUUACUUCGACGACAGCAGCAGCCUCGACUAUUGGGGGAAGGUUGUGUAAAAUAGUCCUUACCGGAGGGCCUGGUGGCGGCAAGUCUACGGCUCUCACCAAGCUCAGGAACCGACUCGUGCAUAGAGGCUUGCAGGUGAUGAGGCCAGGGAUACUCCAGUGAAAGGAUGUGGAGGGCAGGUAACGUUGAUAGGAGAGAAUGCCACACCCUUGAUAGACAAGAUGGGUGGCUAUGAGCCCUCUUGGAGGCAUACUUGGAAACAUAUUGAAUUUCAAAGGAUAAUGCUGAAGGCCCAGAUAGAGCAGGAGGAUAAUAUAACCUCUUUAUGUCGUCUACGAGAGGAUGAUAGGGUUAUCAUACUUGACCGAGGUGCCUUUGAUGGUAGGACAUUUUGUACUGAUGAGGAGUGGGAGAAAGUUCGGAACUCUAAUAAUAUCUAUACGGAUAAGGAACUCUUCGAUAGAUACGAUGUUGUCAUACACAUGACAUCAGCUGCAGUCGAUCGUCCUCAGUUUUACUCUUAUGGUGCUGGUAGCACGAAUGAAUCACGCUUUCACACACCCUCUCAGGCAGCAGAGGCAGAUAAGCUCGGCAGGGAUUUCGUCACCCACACUGGUCAGAAUGUGUUUGUUGUGGAUACUAAGGAAAACUUUGACGAUAAAGUCGAGGAGGUCUUCCGCUGUGUACAAGGGGCCAUCUCGAGGCUCUGGGGCCCAACUGUCGUGGAGGGGCUCAGUACUAAGAGGGUUCAGCAUAAGGUCCGAGUAUUACGGUCAUGGGAGGAGAUAUGCCAGCUCCCCGAGGUGACCUGUGGGAGCAAGGAGGCAGCUAAGGCUGCUUAUAUCAGCGAGAUCACUUAUCUCAACAAGGAUCAGACACGAUGGGUGAGGAGAUGGCGUAAGGUAGGUAAUAUAUCAGAACUGGACAAGAAGACACCUGCAGAGCUCGUGAAGGAGUUCCCCUCGUUAGAAGAGGAACGCCUCUUACCCCAAGGAGACUCCUCUGAGGACAGAAGCAAGAUGGAGUCCUCUGAAGAGACAGUUAUGAUUGAUAGUGGUGAGAGAGGCCCCAAGAGGAUGGCCAACCUCAGUGUGGAUGCGUACGAGCGUGCCAUUAGAGAGUAUGAGGCUGAGAAGGCCCGUCAUGGGGGUGAGGACUUCCCCAAGCAGAUACUCAAGAGACAGGUCUCGUAUGAGACCAGAUACAUCACAUUGAAAGCGUACUCCGGCCUUGAUGGUUCGCCAUGCCCUGGCUAUGAGAACAUAUGGGUAUUGGAUAUGGAGGAUCCUGCCGUCCACAGUACUCAGGAUACACUAUCCCUCCUACCUAGCUUUGUGGAACCUGUACCAGAAGCCGUUAUAAACAGCCCAUCUCCGUCUCAGCAUACUUCUUCUACGCCACCGACGACCAUCAUUAAGGAUCCACCCCACCAUCGUACCAGGAGGCGGGAGACCGAUACAAGCCCGAUUGCACCAUUAGCUGUUCAGUCAGCGGGCAUUAGCACUACGGCGAGAUCUAAGUCUGGGCCAUCCGUUACACGGAAAAGACGUUUACCCAAGUCUAAAUUGGUGCUGUGUCAUCAUCCGACAGCUGACGCGGCUGCAGGAGUCAGUGAGCCCUCCAAGAACCACCCUGCUGGACAUCCCUCUAAACGUAGCCGCGAGCAGGCUAGUGAGGCAGUGACCGGGUCGGAGGAGGUCGAUGGGUUACGGUCUAAGAUGCCCAAGUCCUCCACCGUCGAGGAUGAGAAGGAGAACUCCUCGUCUAGCAAUGUUAGUAGUGUUACGUGA